CCCAUUGAAAGCUUCCCGCUGCCUGUUUUCAACAAGAGAGAAGGGCAGCGCCCCCCAAAGAGCCGAGAAAUCCGGUCUGCGGGCAACAGAUCCGACGCGAGCGCGGCCCGCCGGGCGCUUUGAAAGCGCUCUGCUCGCUCCGCCCCGUGGGCUGAGCCUCGUCCGCCUUUCCGCCGCUUGGGCUGGCCUCUUUCUCGGCGAUGGCGGCGGCCCGGGACGCGGCGUCGGCUUGCAGCGCGGACUCCUUCCAGCUCCGGCACCUGCACCUGGCGCUGAGCGCGCACUUCGGGUCGGCCGGCUCGGGGCACUUGCAAGGCUGCGUCCGCCUGGAGCUGACAUGCCUGCGGGACCGCGCCAGCGAAGUGGUGCUGGACUCGCACCCCAGCGUCAAGGUGGAAGGCGCCGGGCUGGCGCCGCCGGGGAGCCGCUGCGGCGAAGGGCAGGGCCCGCAGCCAGGCGCGCUGAGGCCGCUCGCCUUCCAGAGCCGCCCGUUCGCCAGCUACGGCUCGGCGCUGCACGUCACCCUGCCGGAGCCUCUGACGUGCGGGGACACGGUGGUGCUGGAGAUCGCCUACCGAGCCGGAUCGGGGCCCGGGGUGAGUCGGGGAGAGAGGCGGGAGGAGCCGGAGGGCGCGCGGAUCUGCCCCGGUCCCUUCCCCCAGCCGAGGGCGGGAAGCGUGCAAGGUUCAAGUUGCGCCUUUGGACCCGAAAGCCCUUCCUCUUAAUGGGGAGGGAGGUUUGCUGGCAGCAGUAGCUCAAGACUUGGGAAAUAUACACUCCUCACAUGCUCAGGCGUGCUGCCCUCAGUAUCAUAAGUUUUUCCUUCCUUAGAUCUUCAUGGGCUGCGUUCCAAAGCUAAAGGCAUGCCUAGGUGUGCCUGGGCUGCAGUGAUGCCAUUGCUCUGCUAUUGCACCACCGAUCCUGAUUUUCAUAAUUGUCCCUUUCCCUCAUUAUUCAGGAGCUUUGGCAAGGGAAAGGAAGUGAACUUGCCUUUCUUGCUCUUGCCCUUCCGUGUGGGAUGUUUGUUACUGCCUAUGGACAUCUUUCCUUAUGGGACGUAGCUCAGCCUUGCAAGCAGAAGGGUCCAGGUUCAAUCCCAGCCAUCUCCAAGCUUGUUGAAUUUAGCCUGGUGUUUGGCAUCCCCCAGACAGUAAAAUUUAGCGAAAGUCUCCACUUGCGCAGGAAAAUCAGCUCACAUUAAUGGAAGGGAGGGCUCUCAGUGUAAUAGCUACAGUUCCAUGCAGCCAGUAGUACUGAACAAGAGUAUUGUAUGAUGCGAAUGCUAAACCCUCCCCAUGGUGAGUGAAUUGGUAGGCCUGAUCUUACAUCUAAAUGCAUGUUAAACAGCCUUUUGUACUGGUAGUAACAGUGAAGCCCCCUCUCCCCUGCUUUCAAAUGUAUCUUCAGUGAAGUGAAUAUUCCAAUCUAUAUUUCAAUCACAAAACCGGAAGAGGGAUGUGGUUUUACUCUGGAUGGAUUUUGUGAACUGCAAAGCUGUCAGUGAGCAUGUUCUCCCAAUUUGCAGGGAUACUGGGUUGAACUGAACGUGAUGUGGGAGACCAAUAAUACGAAUCUCGGAUGUUGGAGCCAUCAGGAUGGUGGGGGUAGGAAUCAGGCCUGAGGUUUAGUGCAGGUGAAGGGGGUUUAACCCUCUUUGCUAUUCCAUCUCCUCAAUCUGAAUCAACCUCUCUACCUCCUGUUUGUUUUAUACCCAUUAUGGUCCUUGUAUGCUUGCUCCACAGAGAAAAAUAGGAGCCUGGGAGGCAUUUAGAUCAGGAAAGCUACAUGGAGGAAAGAGUUAGGACUUCCACCUACAGCCAUGAUCUGAUUCCCCUCUCCCACACACCUAUAAUUGCACUGAUACAUUUCCUUGGAUAAUUUUUGGAUUUAGCAUUUCACAAACCACGUAAUCGGUUUUCCUCACCGCUUUGUAAAACCUAAUAACUGCAUUAAGGCUGUUUGUAAGAAGAAGAAAAUGCCUUUGUUUCUUUGGACCUCUGCCCAGUCCUGAUUACAUUAAUGUACACCUUGAAGAAGUCCAAGGGCUGCACAUUGGUGAGUGCUGACUGUGCACAUCUUAGAAAUAGUUCAUAGGUGCUCUCUUGAAAACCUGAAGACCUGGAACAUCCCACGCUGGGAAAUCCCAGGGAACUCUGUGUUAGAGUAUUUGGGUCGUGUGCAGAUUCUAGUGCUUGUUGGCUAAUAGCAACUGAAGGCAGAACAGAAAUGACAGCUUGAUCCUGUACCUCCUCUUAUAGAUCUCCUUUCUGGAUUCUUAUCAAACUGCCCAGAAGGAGAAGCCGUUUCUUUACACCUCUGGCUUUCCUGUGCUCAACAGGUCCCUUUUCCCUGGCUUUCACACCCCGGCUGUCAAGAUCACGUACUCUGCACACAUCCAGGUAAAGUAUCCCACUGCUCACAGAAGACCUGUCUUUUUUCUCUUGCUAGGUGUGUUGGCUUACUCCUGAGCAGACAGCAGGGAAGCAGAAGCCCUAUAUGUACACCCAAGGCCAAGCUGUUCUGAAUAGGAGCUUUUUCCCUUGCUUUGACACCCCUGCCGUUAAAAGUACAUACUCUGCUCUUAUAAAGGUAAGCCAGGGCCGGCACUAUCGUUAGGCAGGGUGAGGCAGCGGCCUCAAGCAGCAGAAUCCCUGCCACUGCUUCCACAGCCCAAGCCUCACAAGAGCCGUUACCCAUUCCACUGCUGCCUUCUCCCCCAUCCCCUGCCACUCCUAGGGAGGUAGACCCUCUGCUAGACUUGGGGCCCUAACAAAGGCCCCGUCUUGCCAUCCUCUGGUCAGGCCUGUCUCCCAGCAGCUUCUCCAUCUGUGGUGAUGUAUUCCGUAUCGCACUGGGUGAAUUUGAGCCAGUUGGUUCAUAGAAUUGAAAGGGACCAUGAGGGUCAUCUAAGUCCAGCACUCUGCAAUGCAGGAAUCUCUUGCCCAAUGUGGAACUCAAACCCACGACCCUGAGAUUGAGUCUCAUCUUCUACCGACUGAGCUAUCCCAGCUGUCUCUCAGUCUGACCUUCCUCACCAAACCUAACCCAGGACUGUUGUGAAGGUGAAACACGGGGUGGGGGAGGAGGACCAUGCAUGCAGCCUCAAGCUCAUUGGAGAAAAAGUAUGAUAUACUUGAAAUAAAUAAAAUAAGACCCAUCCCCAAUCAGCAAGUGCUCCUUUUCAUGCGCAACAAGCCUGCCUUUGUUUGUCUGUUAGGUCCCUGAGGGUUUCACAGCAGUGAUGAGUGCAGUUACCCGGGAGAAGCAGAAGGACAACACUUUCUACUUCAAGAUGCCUCUGCCCAUCCCAUCCUAUCUGGUUGCCCUGGUUGUUGGGGACAUAGUUUCUGCUGAAGUUGGACCCAGGUAAGAGCGUGGCUGGCUGCAGGGAUACAGAUGAGCCACCGCAUUGCUUUAUGUCUGCCUUACUGUUUGUUCAGCCGUAUUGUUAGCUUUAAAAGAAAUCUUCAAAAUGACUAACAGUAAGGCUACCAAAAGAAUUAAGGCAGUAAUUAGAAGUUAAAUGACAGAACAAUUAAACAAACUAAUUAUAUUCCUCCAAUGUAAGACAACAGGCUCUUGCUGCAAGCUGGAAUUUCUGGAGUCCCUGCCUAUCUUUGUGUAGAGAGGCUGAUAAGCAGCAUCUAGGGAAACCCAUGGCCUUCCAGGCAUUGCUGGACUCCAACUUCCAUUAUUGUAACUUUUAUAUUUUGAUGUGGAAGAAAGCCCUUUCACUACUAGAAUGGCUUCUUCAUAUGCAGUACAGAAUGCCUUCUUAUCUCCCACAAGCAACCAUGGGAGUGACUCCUUAACAAACUGACGUUAAUGAAUGUGUUGCUGUUUAUGUGACUUAGGGUGUUUUCUUCCAAUUUCCAAUUUCUUACAUUUCCACCCAUUUGUUUUCAUCCCAUGCUAGGAGCCAUGUAUGGGCCGAGCCCUGCCUGAUUGAGGCUGCUAAGAAAGAGUAUGAUGGUGUGAUUGAAGAGUUUCUUAGCACGGGAGAGAAGCUUUUUGGACCAUAUGUAUGGGAAAGGUAUGUCUUGCUGCUUCAGGGAAAACUUCCCUUGAAGUCUUUGCAAACAUGCACCCAUUGAUCCCAGAUUGGGCAUAGAGAUGUCAUACAUUUUAUCCUUUCCUUAAGUCAGCUUACCUGAACCAGGAAAAGCUAUAGCUCAAUGGUAAGAGCACCUGCCUUGCAUACAGAAGUCCAGUCUCUGGCAUUUCCAGGUACAGCUAGGAAGGAUGCUUCAUCUAAACCCUGGGAACCACUCAUAACUCACUAAAGUAGGCAGUACUGACCUGGGUGGAUCAAUGGUGUGACUUGGCUAAGACAGAUCAUUCAUGUUCUUAAAUCCCUUGAGUCAUACUUCAGUCUUUGGGCUGAGACUAAAUUGGUGGUGGGACACAUGCAUUGCAUGCGGAAGGUCCCAAGUUUAAUCCCUGGCAUCUCCAGAUAAAAGGAUGCAAUAACAAGUGAUGUGAAAGACCUCUGCCAGGGAGCUUCUGCGAGUCUCAAGUAAUAAUGCUGGUCAGUUUCUAGAGGGGAAGUCAUGUUAGUCUGCUGCAGCAGCAGAUUCCUCCAGGAGACUUGUAGCACCUGAGGGACUAGCACAUUAUUGUUGCAUAAGCUUUCAUGACCCACAGUCCACUUGCACAGUGCAGUCUUGAUGGAUAUGUGGUCUGGCCUGCUCUAAGGUGGUUUCCUAUCUUCUGUGAACUUUUGCUGAAGAUGAGCAAGCAGCAAUUCCCCACUCUUGAGCAAAUGUGAAUUCUGGUUGAUGGCGUCCGCCAGUCAAACUGCACUGUGCUUCAAUACCCUGAGUAUUGCUGAGCCUUUUUGGCAAAUUUGUAUUCUGGUACCUGUAACCUGGGGGCAAACCACUGCCACACUCACACACAAAAGUGGAGUGGGCAGUAACAGCACAAUAUUAUUACUCCUUAAAUCAGGGGCUCUCUAGGUGUUGUUGGGCUACAGCUUCCAACAUCCUUUACCAAUGGCUAUGUUGGCCAGUGCUUUUGGGUGUUGAGAGUCCACAAACGAGGGCUACUGGAUUCCCCCAUCCCUUCCUUAAAGAAAAACCACUGGAAUACUGUCUGGGGAGGCACAGAGCCUCUUGACAGAUGUUGUCUCCUUGAUCACAAGCUUUGCUUUUGGCAGGUACGAUGUUCUGUUUAUGCCUCCCUCGUUCCCUUUCGGGGGGAUGGAGAACCCCUGUAUCACCUUUGUGACUCCAUGCCUGUUGGCCGGCGAUCGCUCCCUAGCAGAUGUGAUCAUCCACGAGAUCUCGCAUAGCUGGUUUGGCAAUCUGGUCACCAAUGCCCAUUGGGGGGAGUUUUGGCUGAAUGAAGGCUUCACUAUGUAUGCACAGAGGAGGAUCACUAAAGAAAUUUAUGGUGAGUUACCUGUUGGGCAAUGUCCAUGCUGUUUAGUGCCUUGAUAUAUUCUGCUCUUCUACAAUUAGCAUCCAGAGCAGUUAAAUAGAAACAUCAAUAUGUAAAUUCAUGAGCCAGAUCAAGAGCUUCUUUUUGAAGAAAGCCCCAAACAUAACACAAACACAUUCUCAUAAUAAGGAUAAGGGUGAUGAUGGUAGAUAGAUGGAUAAUUUACUUGGAAUAACACAAUAAAAACAGCGUUCAUAAAGAUAAAAUAUACAAUCAGAGCAGAUUGUAGCAAUAGCUCAUGAGUUAAAAUUGAGGUGAUGGUGGUAUACAUGUGGGACAUGUAUUAAAAAAAAAAAGUGUGGAAUGCUCCUGUUCAAUGUGCCAGCCAAGCCCUUUUCUGAGCUACUCCAUUCCAGGAGUCAUUUCCUCUUGAAUGCUUAGUAGAGGAAGGAUGAAUUCAGUAUGGGUGAUGCUACUCAGUGCAAUUUUGAAUCCGGCUGUCUCCCUGGGUAGUGAGAAUUCUUAGCAUGAGAUUGACUGUGAGGAUGAGUUGAUCAUCCUCAUCUGUAUUAAAGAAGAGUUAGUUAUGUUAGUUCAGAAUGCCAAAAAGACCAAACAGGUUUACUGUGGUCGGAAUUCGCAUAGGCAGCAGGCUGCGUUGUCACACUGAGAACACAUAUAAAGUAUGCUGGUGGGAUAAAGCUGAAAACUAAAGUUAUCUGUAGCACUAACUUCAUAUGAAUAUACUAUUAAAAUAUUUUUAAGUUCUCCUUUUGUCUUGGUGCCUAUUGUACUAUACAUCCUGCAGUCUUCACAGUAUUGUACAACUUCAACUAAGGCAUUGUUUUGUGUAGGCUAGGCUGAAGAAACUUUCCACCUGGCAUUCACUUUCUGUGUGCAGAGAGAGCUUGAUGCUAGGAAUGCUGUCAGAUGCUCCCAUCUGCGUUCCUGAGGGGUGUAGCUUCCUGAUGGGAGGGUUCCAUGUAUCACCCUGAAUAAUUUGAAUUUCCUUUACAGAAUUCCAUUUGGAAGAAAGACAACACACACUUGCUAAUGGUUAACAGAAAGGGUUGCUUCUGUUGUGUUUCUAGUGGGAUCUGCCUGCAGGUCUCAACUGUGUUCUUCUUUUUUCUCCAGUAACAGUGAUGCCGUGCUCCAAAUAAUCUUUACCACAUAUUCAUGACUGAUCCCAGACUAUCAAGCAGGCAUUUUGGUUUGAUGGCCAGGAGCUUAAAAACACUAGCUCAGCUUCUUCCGUUGCUUGUCCCCUGAACUCAGGUGCUGCUUAUACUUGCUUAGAAGCUGCCACAGGGAGGGCUUUGCUUCGCCAACAUAUGGACAACACUGGAGAAGACCAUCCCCUCAACAAGCUCAGAGUGAAAAUAGAGCCAGGUCUGUAUUGGUCCAGAGCCUAUGGAUUCAAUCACAUCAUUGUUUCCUUGUGUUCAAGAAAAUAAAUCUGAAUAAUCAGUUACAUACAGAAAUUUGGGUUGUGGCUGAAUCAUUUCUAAUAAGGCUUUUCCUUUUGUAAUACUGGCAACUGGGUGUUGUAAAUCUUAUGCUAGUUGUUUCUUCUGCCCAGGUGUUGAUCCUGAGGACACCUAUAAUGAAACCCCUUAUGAAAAGGGCUACUGUUUUGUCUCCUACCUUGCUCACCUUGUCGGGGACCAGAAGAAGUUUGAUGCUUUCCUCCAGGUACUGUAUGUUAGCCUGGGACUUGUCUGUGCUUCAUGGGAGUCUUGGGAAAUUGGCUUCCUCUAGGCUAGGAAUGUGCAACAUCUUGUCCACAAGCUGCAUUGGGACCAUGAGGAUGUUUUCUGCAAAUCAUGCUCACCUCUCCUAUAUGACAUCAGAUAUGAGGCAGGUAGAAACAUGGCCGGAUUGGGUGUGCAGCUACUUUCCCAGUGGGCAAUGGCGCCAAAUUGGGCCCUACACUGUGGGUGCCCAGCACGACCCACCCACGCCGUGACAUCAUCAUGCACACACCUUGACAUCAUGACACACGGUGGCAUCAUGACGUCAUACCAUGGGGCGGGGUGCAAACUCCAGCAGUGCAGCAGCGACUGGACCCUUCCCGCCCAAGCUCCACACUCUCUCUUCCACCACCCCCUGCCUGAACUUCAUGCUUUUUCCACUGUGUGUGGUGCUUGCAUGGCUGCCCCUGCAUUUUCUGGGUGCCUGGCCCCUAUAUGGGAAAGGAAGCAGUUUUUCCAGCCCUUUUCUCAGCACUUUGUACUGCAGUUUUGCAGAAAGCAGUUUUUCCAGCCCUUUUCUCAGCACUUUGCACUGCACAAGGGACUUUGACAGUGAGCAGAAGAACCCAUCUUUCAAUCAUCUGACAUCAUGAUGAUGUCAGGUGGGCUGCCCCGCACACUUCUCAAAGCUGGCCAAUGGGGUGGGCCCAAAUAAUGAUCAAGUCCACUGGGCCAAAAAGGAUUCCCUGUAUGUUUGCAAGGGAUGUUCCUGGGCAAGCACUGAUGAUAACAUCAGAAAGUAAGCUAUAGCACCCCACAUUGCUUGGAACUGAAACAUGAAGUCUGGGAAGCUGAAUAACUUGUCACAGGGAAGCUGUUUCUGAGAGAUUUAUCUUAAGCUGUAGCAUUCCUUAAGUGGGAAGCAAAGAUAUCAGCCAUGCAUGUUGCACUUAAGAGAUUCUCCAAAGAUAGCUGCAAGCUGUGUGAGCAAACAGAGGGAGUAUGGACAAAUGAAAUCUUACUGAAUCAGGAAUAUAUGAAUCUGGCAUAAAACCUGGGAGGGUAUUGAAGGGGGAUAUCUGUUCCUUUUUUAAGCAGACAGGUAUCUCAGCCUCUAUUACCUGGGGUGCUACGACCCAGGCUAGUUGGAGCAGGUAAUUGCAGGCUGAACAUGAGCUGAUGUUCUUUGCUGAAAGAGUUACUCAUGAGUUGUUGCUUAAGUAAAGGUGAAAUGUUACAGGUGCACCAUUCAGACCACAGUUUAAUUUAGGGCAAUCUCUCUCUCUGGCAGGCGUAUGUCAACCAAUUCAAGUUUCAGAGCAUCACAGCAGAUGAAGCACUAGAGUUCUACUUGAAUUAUUUCCCAGAGCUGAAGAAGAAAGGGGUAGAUACCAUUCCAGGUCAGCAACACUUCCUACUUUUUAGAUAUUUGUCCAUAAUUUCAGGACCAAGCACGUAACGUUUAUGUAAAUCUUGGCGGUAGCAAGUGUCUCUCUUUCCCAGUUCUCCAAAGACACUUUUUAAGAUGGCGAAAACAUCCAUCCUUUGCAUACUCUCCUUACUCUGCAGUUGCAAAAAACAUCUCCAGAAUAUUAGCCAAGUAUAACUGCUAGAGAAGCAUCAUUCUGAAUUGGCACAAAGCUUUGGGCAGCAGUUCUUCCUUACAGUCAAGGUGAUUAGGAGUGAACAUUCCUCCCAGUGUUCCCCAUGCUUUCAUGCUGCCUUUUUUCUAGAUUCAGCUCACCAUGUUGACUAUCUCCACCCAUGAUUCAUUGCCUUUAUUCCUUAGGUUGCAUUUCCAAAGUACACAUCUUGUCUGUUAGUUUUGAAGAGCCAAAGUCUGGCAGAGCUCCUGCUACCUUUAAGAGAUAUUACAUCUGGUUACUAGCCAACAGCAUUGAGGAUGGUAAUAAGAGAACCAGUUGCAAAACAUCUGAACUGGGCUUCUAGCUGGAAUUCUGCUACCUGGGGGAUAGAAGUCAUAUGAAGCUGAUUGUCAAUAACUGUCUUCAGUUUUCUGGCAAAGAGCUGAUGCUAAGGAUCAACUUAAUACAUUAUCCCUGUAAGACUGGGGUGAGGGAUCUGCAGACCUGCAGAUUUUAUUGAACUCCAACUCCCAUCAGCCCCUGCCAGCAGGGCCAGUUGUCAGUGAUGAUGGGAAUGAAAGUACAGCAACACCUGGAGGGCCAUCCAUUAGCCAUCACUGCUAUAAACCAUGCACACUCCCACUGAUCCAUGGUUCCUCUGGUCACCUUUCCUCUGUCCAAAAGUGAAUAAUGUUUUGCAAUCCAGAGGGGGGUUCUGCCAGACAUUUAGGUAACUGCUGGCAGGAGCAUGGAGACCCUAGAUGCAGUGAAAGUAACGUGUGCCCUGGCUCAAUGAAGUGAAUGCUGUUGAAUGCUUAUAGUGGUACAACCACUCCGUAAACAAUUCAGAACAAAUGCUCAGUAAAGAGUAGACCUAGUCUAACCACCAUGUAAGCUUUGUGCAAGCAAACCAGGAUGAAUAAACAGGUUGUUAGUAGCUUAAGAACUUCCAGUAUUGAGUCCAACAAGCUUCUCUCUUCUUGUUUCCAUGGCAGGCUUUGAGUUUGAUCGGUGGCUGAACACACCUGGUUGGCCCCCCUACCUUCCAGACCUUUCACCUGGGGAGGAGCUGAUGAAGCCAGCUGAGAACCUGGCAGAGCUCUGGGCAUCUCCUGACUGCGACAUGCAGGCAAUUAGAGCAGUAGAUAUCUCGACUUGGAAAACCUUCCAGGUGGUCUAUUUCCUGGAUAAGAUCUUGGCGAAAUCCCCACUGCCAGAUGGUAAGAUUACUCUUUGAGCGUGGCAGAGGGAAUCAUUGCACUGUGAAUAAAUAUUGUUGACAUUGAGAUGCAAGCCAGGUGACUCCCAAGAACUAGAGAUUAGAGCAUGGGAUGGAAUAACUUGGAGCGUUUGGGGGUGAGGGUAGAGAGUACCGUAUUUUUCCGUCUAUAAGACGCCCCCAUGUAUAAGACGACCCCUAUUUUUUGAACCCAAUUAAGAAAUAAAUAUUUUAAACAUUCCAUGUAUAAGACGACCCCCAAUUUUAAACUUUAAAUUUUUGGGGGGAAAUAUAGUCUUAUACAUGGAAAAAUACGGUAUUUAUACAUGGACGGACACCGCAGCAAUGAGAUGGCUUGUCCACCCUCAAGCAAACAUUCAUGCCUUUUAUUAUACACAAAGCAGCAUACGUCACUUUGGCUAGGGCUCCCCAUUGCUUCCCUUGACCGCAUGAGGGCAUAGGUGGCAAAUACCCAUAUCUUCAGUUAGUUCCCCUUUCGGGCUCAGAGCCCAGCACCUCAGGCCCACAGAUGAGGAUAGCAAACCAAUUAUAUGUGGAUUCACGGUUACAAAACUACCUAUUAAUUGUGGGGUUAUCUUGACUACCCAGAUGGUGCUUGCAGAGCUUCCAGAAGUGUUCAUCUUUGGUUCAAGACACUUUCUGUGGGCAUAAAAGCAUGUGAUCAUGCCUUCCCUCUGCCUGUGGCUAGAAAAAAAUACAAUACAAUAGCUUCCAGAGGGGUACCUUAAAAAGACAGUGAAGGAAAUUUCAUGCCUGAGACAUUUUAAUGCAAAGCUCAUGUAUACAAUUGCCUUUGCAUACUUUGUACCCUCCAGAUGUUGUUGUCUGAGGCUGAUGGGAAUUGUAGUGUAAAACAGCUGGAUGGCACUGGCAAAGGCUGGUGAACAAGAUGAGCACAGUGACCAUUCAGAAAAAGAGUAAUUGGAAUAUAGGGCUGUUGCCUACUUUUGCUAUGCUAAUUUCCCUUCUGUUGUGGGAGUGAAUGACCCUCCACUCUCAUUUCAUGCGAAGGGAACAUUGAGAAGAUGAGUGCCAUGUACAGCAAGAUCUCCAAAGCACGGAAUGCAGAGCUGCGCCUCCGUUGGUGCCAGAUUCUCCUCAAGAACAACCAUGAGGCGGAGUUUGGCAAAGUGAAAGACUUCCUUCACAGCCAGGUUUGUAGUUGAUCUGUCUGUGUGAUGUUGGUUCGGAGGCAUGUGGAUCCUGUAGCUUUUACAAACAUACAUAAUUGUAUUUCUAUGCCCCCUUUCCAUAGUUCAAACCAUGCUCAAGGCAGCUAGCAACAUGAAUAAAAUACAAAAUUAUAGACAUAACAAAAGUAGUCAUAAACAAUGAAUAAAACAUCAAAAGUAUGCAACCAAAUUAAACAAUUUCCGCCUAAAUCAUAAUAAGGUCUAAAAUAAAGAUACAAACAUUAAUACUGAUAACAGCAGCAAACCCUCUGCCUCCAAACUAUACCACAGCCCAAGAGUCUGUUCAGCAGCUUCAGCUUUUGUAGCUGGAGUCAGUCCGUGCCCUACCCUCUCAGACCUGGUGGGGAAAGGCCUGCAAGACGGGGAGCAGGUCUUCUGGGACUCACAGCCAAGAUAGUAUUUUACCCACUGAAUAGUAGAUUGAUCCCUUGUCUUGGUUGGAAGCUGCGGGACAGGUUUGGCGCGGUGUCAGCCAGCCCUUUCCCCGCCAUCUCCUUGGUCCUGCCCAUCCCAGAACUAACAGUUCCUCUUUGUCAGAAACCAGUGGUAAAAGCUGCCUCUUGCCACAAAACAGAGAGUGAUACUUUUAGCACAGGGUUGGGGAAACAUAGGCUGCCCAUAUGCUGUUGGACUCCGACCCCCAUCAGCUCAGCUAUUGUGGCCCAGUGGUCAGGAAUGACAGGAUCUGUAGUCCACCAGCGUUUGGAAGGCCACAUAUAUUGUCAUCAUUAAUAUACUACUAAACUGUCAAAGCGCUUCUAAGCAGCAGCAGCCCUGGUUUAGCCACAAAUGCCUCUCCCAAACAACAGCCAUUCUGAAUGCUUCUGUGUACUGGAAAGUAGAUAAGCAUGACCUUGCCUGUUGCAUAUAAAAAAGGAACGUGUUGCUGAUGAGGAUUUCUUUCGCAAGUUUUGGAGAGAGAGAAAAAUCCUAACCUUCAUAGGAAGUUGUGGGGUGCUGCAGGCCACUGAGCAGAUAGAUUAUAUCCACUAUAGACUACAAGUAACAUGGGUUAUCUAUUUGGUAAAGAUAAAGGGACCCCUGACCGUUAGGUCCAGUUGCGGACGACUCUGGGGUUGCAGCGCUCAUCUUGCUUUAUUGGCCGAGGAAGCCAGCGUACAGCUUCCAGGUCAUGUGGCCAGCAUGACUAAGCCGCUUCUGGUGAACCAGAGCAGCUCACGGAAACGCCGUUUACCUUCCUGCCGGAGCAGUACCUAUUUAUCUACUUGCACUUUGUGCUUUCGAACUGCUAGGUUGGCAGAAGCAGGGACCGAGCAACAGGAGCUCACCCCGUCGUGGGGAUUCGAACCGCCAACCUUCCGAUCAGCAAGCCCUAGGCUCUGUGGUUUAACCCACAGCGCCACCUGCAUCCCUUAUCUAUUUGGAAAAGCACUCAAAAUUCAGCAUAUAUCUUUCAGCACACAUGAUUUGUUUCAGUUUCAUCUUUGCAUCAAAACCAGAAGGAACUCGGGCAUUACAGAAUGUUGCGGUGUGAAACCUAAGUGAAACUGAAUGGCUAUUGAGUAAGCACUGCUUUGGUGGUGAGUCGUUCUAAUGCAUUGUCGUUCUGUGCUUGAUUUCAGGGAAAGCAGAAGUACACCCUGCCCAUCUAUCGUGGCAUGGUGAGUGGCUCGGAGGCUGCACAGGCGCUGGCUGUGGAGACAUUUUCUGCCACGGCUCCACAGCUGCAUGUUAACGUCCAGAACUACGUCAAAAAGAUCUUGGGGGCGAAGAGUUAAGGAAACUGAGAAGGAAAUCACAAUUCCAAAGUAGUCCAUUGCUCAAACUUCAGCAGAUGUCUGUAUGCCAUGCUGGGGGGUGGGAGUCCUCCCAUCUUUGGAGUCCUAAAGGACUUUGUUCAAAUGCUGGUAAUUUCUGAGGCUUCCCAGAAGGUGUAGUUUCCUCAUGGAUAGCCUGCUGAUUUAAACUUUUUUUCCACUUUUUUUUAAAAAAAGGUUUGUAAAUGUAAACAUAAAAUUAUAUACACAAAAUUUCUAUCUCAAAGUUUCCAAAAUGUGAUAUAGAAAAUGUAAUUAAAAUAAAUAAAUAUGUUUUUUUUUUGUUUCUGUAAAUAAUAGUUGCCAGUUUUCAUUAUAUCAGUUACAUUUUU